AAGUAAACAAUUUAUUACUUAAAAAAAGCAUUUAUUCCAAUUUAGCAGUGUAAAUUAUCUUCAAUAAAAAUGUUUGGAUAUCAAAAGCAACAAACAGAAAUUGUAACAUUAAAAAAAAAAUACUUUUAUUAACUGAACACUGAAUUAUUUUACAGACAAGUGGAAUAGCAAUGUAUGGAAGGCAAAUGUAAUUGAAUAAGAAGUAAUAUACAUUAAGCUUUGCAUGCUUACAACUAGAACUUUUCCCGGAAUUACGUGUACUUACAAUAUCACAAAAUGCAACAGAUAUUGAAGUUUUGUAGCCAUUAAUAGCUGUGGAUACAUUUUCCAAUUAUACAUUGUCAUGGACUUGUGAUCUUCAUAGACUCCAACUUAUCAUUAUAUAUAACGUCAAUUGAAAGGGCUGAGGCAACAUAGUGAUACCCUCAUUACUGUAAUUUUUGAAGGCCAGAGGAAAAACAAAGUUUGUAUAAAUCCAAUCAUUUCUCAGAUCAUAUAUACAUUUCUUGCUGCUUUGUAUAUACACACUUUCUAGUACUUUGUAUCGGCUCACAAUUUGGAACAAUGUUUUUUCUGGUGAAAUUUUAAAAUCUUCAUUUUCGUUGUGUGAAAUGAGGGUUUCCAUUCGAUUUCCCUGAUCCUUGCAACAGAUAUAGUCAUUGAUAUAUAACAAAGUUAAAAACAAGCAAGAGCUCCAAAUACCAUAAAUAUAUAUGUAUAUUUCAUAUAGCCUUAAAAAAAUACAUGAAGUAAUUUCAUCCUUCUAUACAGCUAGUGGAUGAUCGGGAACACCAAAAAUUUAUCCAAUUGCGAAUAAAGCCUUUAUUAUAUGGACGAGAAGCCCAGAGACCACCACAUCGACGCUCUCCUGUAGGAAGUUCCAGCCAAUCUUGUUUAGUGUACCCUAAUGAUAUUAACCAACAGUGUUGUCCAAGAAGGAACAACACUAAAAUCGCAACCAAUAAACUGUAUAAAGCACUGAUGAAGCACAAUGCAAUCGUAAAAUCAUGAUAAACAUCACUACAAUCAUCUGGAACCAGCAUGUACUCCAAAACAAAUAUAGGGUGACACACAGAUGUCAGAGUAAGAUAUGCACCAUCAAAUAAUGCACAAAACGAAAAAAAUAAAGCCAGCACAAAGUGCCAUUGGUUUUUUUCUCCAACACAGCAAUCUAACCACAAACAAUGAUGUUCCUUGCAUAAUAUACAUGUCUGACAAAUACUGCAGUGGUAUGUUCUUGGUGGAACUCUUUUCCUACAGACAGAGCACACAGUCUCUGUAGCUUUAUUUCUAUUUCCAUACAAAUCAUCACGACUGUCACUAUGAUUUACUUUAUUUAACUUUGAGCGUGUCCAUGUCUUAUAGAUGAAGAAUAAUGAUAACAAUGCAAUGAUUACAAAUGCAAUAUUUUCUUCAGGAAGAAUCUCCAACAGAGGGACCACGUACACUUCAAACACCAACACUAACAAAAAUACUGACACAAUCGUCCACAUAAAGAAGAAUUUUGUUCUUGGACUCUUACAAACAAAAACAUACAACAUAUACCACAAAAAAAUUGAAGUGAUAAAAAAUAUUAUGAUUGUAAACCACACAUUUAAUGCUGCCAAGUACAUCAGGACUGGCUGCACUAGUAUUGGCAAUAUUGAAUCAAAAGAAAUUUGUUUGGCUCCUCCUCUCCAGGGUAUUCGAAAACGAUCAUGUAUUGAGCCCAUAAUCUUGCUAAGAUGUUCACAAGAAACACGGUUACAAGUAACAAGCCUGAAAAAAUUUAAUCUCAUAAUACCACUCGAGAUAGAGUAAGACAUAUGACAAUAGAGCUCAUGUGCAACAUAAAAUGUGUCUACCCUAGUGUUAGAACACACCUGUCACAACAAAGGUCAAGUUCUUCACAAUUGCAACAACAUCCCAACAUAUGGCUUCUUUCAUUCUUGUUAUUGAAGUAUUCACAACAACAUAAGGGAUCACUAUCUUUCAUGAUAUGAUAAUUGAUUUAACAAGACAGUGUAUCUUAAAUGGCUAUUACACUGUCAAUCUAAUUGGCGACAGCAAUGCCAGUACACAUUGUAUGGUGUUUGCGGGUUUUUCGUUAUCCUGCUUUCAAUGAAUCACUUGCGCCUAAAUGUAAAUUAUGACAUUUAUUAGCACAAAAAUUUGCCACUCUGGAACGCUGAAUAUCGCACUACUGUAAUUCUCAAAUUAUCUACGGAAUGUAUUUACAGAUUUCGACCUACCAAAACCUUCCUAAACUUUAGCAACCGGCACCCGGUUGUAAACAAUCAGUCUCACAUCUGACGUCUUUGACAGCUUUAGCCAACUUUGGAAUUGUUGAAAUGAAUUUCAUCCACUAAUUUAUUCUUCCCAAAGCACAAAUUGUAGCAACAUUGCAUGGAUGCAAUUUCUUCGUAUGAAAGUGUAUCUAUAUUUCAGUACACAGUUCACAGAUUUACUAACGUUGAACUGCAGAAACAUAAUACGAUUGUUACGCCGCACAGUUGCUUAUUGCGAUUGCCGGGAGGAACAGUGGAAGACUGUUAAUGCGCUAUUCAAUUUUGGUGUUUUGUAUGAUAAUCAAACGCUGAAUUCGUGCAUUCCGAAUGCUUAUGCUUCUUCAUACCUAAGUGUGCAGAUAGCUAUGGUUGCCAGAAAACCAGAUUUUGUGGUUUCCAGGAAAGAGAGGAGGAAAUUAUUCCAGGAAGAGAGAAAUGUGCAAAAGCAGGAUCCUAUUAUUAGCUGUAAAAAUGAAGACUUAAAUCAUUACAAGGGACAAUCUUAUGGUAAAUUUGCUGUUGUUCCUCUGGCUUCCAAGGGAUGGCUUCACCGAAAGUCAAAAGGAGAUUUCUUUGAAAUAAAAAAUUAUGGUGAAGUACAAACACGGGAAACCAGUACAGACACUUCAUUUCAGUCUCUUGGUGUUCCAGAUGAAGCAAUUAAAGUACUGGAGGAAAUGGAAAUUAAUCAACCUUCUCCUAUACAGGUAGAUGGAAUUAAACAUAUUUUGAAAGGCCAUAAUACUUUAUUGGCUGCAGAAACUGGCUCUGGGAAGACUUUUGCUUACCUCUUGCCUCUUCUAAAACAGAUCUGUACCUAUCAAAGUACUUCACCUCGCCAGAAAAUGAAUUCUCCGUAUGCAAUUGUCAUUACGCCAUCUCGUGAACUUGCCGAUCAGAUAGGAGAAAAUGCAAAAUUGUUUUCGGAAUGUCUUGGAAUCAAUGUCGAAGUUGUGACCGGUGGUAAGACGAAGCGUAUGAUACUUUCUCCAACAUUCAAAGAAAUCGAUAUAUUGGUUGCUAGUAUAGGAGCUCUGAGUAAAUUGAUAACUACUGGCAUAUAUGACAUUUCUUAUGUUAAACACGUUGUUCUGGAUGAAGCUGAUACACUUUUAGAUGAUAGUUUCAAUUCAAAACUUGUAUACCUGCUACGUCGAUUUUCGUUCCUUCCCACAAAUGGUGCAGAAUUGCAAUUUCAAAAACCCUGUGUGCAGAUAAGUUUGGUAUCUGCAACUAUUCCAACCAGUAUGAAUGAAAUUUUGGGAGAAGCAAUUCCUCUAGACACAGUACACAGAGUGACCACAAAACAUUUACAUUGUAUCCAACCACAUGUACCUCAAAAAUUCUUUCGGCUUGGUCGAUCUCAGAAACCAUCUGAAUUGUUGAAUCUUGUGAAAUCCAGUGUUCAGAGGAGAGAUCCUGUCCUAAUUUUCAGUAAUAAAACUGCAACAUGUGAUUGGAUUUCAUUGUUUUUAAAAGAAAAUGGAGUAAAAUGCUCGAAUUUGAAUGGUGAUAUGAAUUAUUAUUUUCGUUUGGGGAAAUUUAGAGAAUUUCAAAGUGGAGAAGUUGAUGUAUUGUCAAGUACAGAUAUGGGAUCCCGAGGUCUUGACACAGUGAGAGUGAAGCAUCUUUUAAAUUAUGAUUUUCCAAUUUAUAUGGCUGACUACAUACACAGAUGUGGUCGAACGGGCCGAUAUGGUAGUCCUGAAAACUGCCACAUAUCACAUUUUGUCUCUGGUGCUUUGGAAAUUGAUCUUGUUCAGAGAAUUGAGCUUGCAGUAAGGAGAGGAGAGCCAUUACCAAAUGUAAAUGCUAAUAUUAGAAGGAUAAUGGAACAUAGAUACAACAAAAAUAAUUUGUAGUAUUUCACUUUGUAUAUUAAAAUUUUUACUGCAUUUUUUGUUUUUGUUUUUUUAUUUCAUCCUUUCUUUGUUAUACCUUU